AUGGCACAGAGGCCCAACACCGACUGCGGCAUACAAGAUGGCGAACACACAUCUUUCGUACCAAGAGGAAAUCGAGAGAAACGCAAGCAUGUACGAACUGCAGACACAAAGCCUUCCAAGGAGAAGUUUAUCGACAGCGUGACAGCAGACUGCUGCUUCCUGUCAGCCAUUGGCGAGCUGGUCGACAACUCGAUCCAGUACAUCCUUUGCAAACCACCAGGGGAGCCCAAGACCAUCCUGAUCACCCUGGACUGGCAGAACAAAAGUUUGGUGAUCGACGACAACGGGAUCGGGACAGACGACCCGACGGUGAUGUUCAAGAUGGGCUGCGAAAAUGCCUCCCAAAACGACUCCUCCUCGAUGCAGAUCGACUCCUUUGGCAGAUACCUCGCGGGCACCUUCUCACGCUACGGGAUGGGAGCGAAGAGUGCCUGCAACUUCCUGGGCGAGACCUACAUUGUUAGCAGCAAGACGCGGGACAGCAAGCAUGUCACGGUUGUGACUGAGCCGAACAAAGGUGAAUUCAUUGCCGAUGUGUAUGAGAUGCCCCUCGACGAUGGAGCAGACGUCACGUCCACUUUCUGCAGGAUUGAGAUUGAAGGUUUCAAUGUUAACAGAUUUAGCAGUAACGGAGCUUUCUCCCCAGAGGCCCUUCAGGAUUACCUUGCAAGCCUCAGGGCGAUGUACUACUUGUACCUUGAGGGAGAGAUCGAGGGGUCAGGCAGGUUUCUAGACAGGCUCCUGGAGCAAACUGGAAAGUCCUGCCUGCUUUCUACCAGUCGGCCUGGCAAGACGAUCAAGUUCGUGCUGGAAGAGAUGCAGAAACUGAAAGACAUGUUGAACAAGUUCAUAGACAAUGAUAGAGCACACAUAAGCCAGAUCGACUUCAAGUUCCAUGUCCUUCUCAACCACUCCAUGACUCCUCAAGUUUAUCGCCUGUCUAGCUCAACCUGCUGCAUCGAUCAAGUGCUCGACGGCGCUGCAGAUAUUUUCCCGAUCCACGUUGAGUUCGAAGUCGACAAGUCAACCACCUCGGUUGUCAUUGGAGCUGUGUUCUACUUCCCUCGGAAGGAGCAGGUGGAAACUGUACCAUACGUUGAUAAGAUGCCGGGUCGAACAUUCAGCGACAAACGACGUUUCAUGACGUUCUGGAUGGGCCGCUGGCUACCUGGAGAGCACUUCUAUCCUGACUUCAUGCAUCACCGCAAAGAUGCGAAUGCACCAGAGCGUUGCUACGAGAGGACGUUUGGGAUCCUGUUUGUAGAUCGAGCGGUCGUACCAGAGUCGAACAAACGGGAGUUCAGCAGCAGUUCAGAGAGUGUAAACAAGCUGAAGAAGGCUUUCAGUAAGAAGAAUCUAGCUGCACCAUAUGACUAUUGGGUGAACAAAUGCCAUCUCACGUACGAUACCGAGGUCUCGUUCCAAGGAGAAAACCCCACACAUGAUCCAGUUAAAGAUGUUUCUGAACAUGACAAAGUUGUGAUCUGCAACGAGACGUUUGAGGUCGGUGAGUUGAUUGAGCUUAUUAACACCAGGGAGUACAAGAAGAAUGCUAUGAGGGUUGUGGGGAAGGUUGUGAGAUUCUUGCAAAAAGGGCACUUCUCAAACAGUAACUGUAUCGGCAAUGUCGAGUUGGAUGAGCUGUAUCCAGACAACAGCAUGAAACAUUCUCUACAUGAAAUACCGCACAAAACUAUGAAGCAUAUCACGCAGGAGGAAUUCGACGCUAUCAAGAAUUUAAAUGAGAGCAAGAUUGUGCGUAGAGUGAUUGCAACGUACAGAGACAAGAGUUUCAAGGCUGGCCCUGCCAUUCUCUUCCCUCGGAUAUCCUGCAAGAAUUCGAUGGGCGAGGAAAUUAAAGGCUACACACCAAGCAUGAAAGCAACUCUCAAGGGGCAGAAGAACUUUGAAAAGGAGUUUCACAUCGACGAAAACAAGGCUCAGUGGUCUGCUGACCUCUUGACUUUGUCGAUAGCUGACAAGUACGUAUUGCACCUGAAGCCAGAGGACGAUGGCAGGUCCUUCCAGAGUGACCCAGUGACGUUCGAGAUCGUACCCGGAGAUAUGGAUAGUGUCACCCUCGACCCCAACGAGUCCACCAUCUGCUGUGUGCUGGGCAAGGAGAGCUCGCAUGCACUGAAAGUCGUCGACAAGUACAACAACACAAUCUCGCUGAGCAACUCUACUCACAGGGUUUCCGUCGUUGCAGAUGACGCUGAGAACAUGCAGAUUUCUUUCACUUACAACUUUCAAGGGUCGACCGCUAGGAUUUCAGACCUCUGCGUGACCAGAGCAAAAGUCGGGACGCAUUCAGCCAAGGUCAUCGUGAGUGAAGGACUGGAGGAAGCAGACGUUGACAAGAAGAAAGAGGUUCAGUGCAGCAUCUUGAUCACAGUUGAACAUGGACCAGCCAGCAGCAUCAAGAGUGACGUUCCUUGGACCGAACUGAAAAACUACGAGAACUUCGAUCCCAUCGAUAUCACCAUACAGGACGAAAGUGAGAAUGUCUGCAGCUCAGUUACCGGGAGCAAGCUUCUCUUGACCAGCCCAGAUCUCGUCUUGUCAAAACAAUCCAAGUGGGAAGGAAAAGAUGUGAAGAAGGGACUCUGUCACCUCCAGUCAAACUGCGUCAGCACUUUGUUCUCUUGCGCCCCAGGAGCAUGUUGCGAUGACUCCAAGACGUUCAACAAGGGUGACUGUGACCGGUGGAAGAAGAAGAUAUUGGAACAACAAGUUCCUGCAGGAAUCCCUCACAAGGAUCAUGGCUUCUUCCAAGUUGGAGACUUCAUCGUAAUGGAAACAGAGUGGGAGCUUCAGAAGAGCGACCAUCGCAAGACUUACCCUAAGGUCAACGUGUACGGCAGGAUCUUAUCUAUCUUCAACGACUCCAGCCUCGACGUUCCGGCCACUGGUAUGACUGUGGAGUACUACAAGCUCAAAUCUUCUCUGACUUCCCGCCUGCUGGAACGGGAUAAGGAUAGCCCGGAGGAUCUUCAUCCAGACGCCAUAAAGGGUCGUUGCUUCGUCUACCACAAGUCUCUCCUAGACUCCCUUGACCCGGAUGCCCUGGCUCCCAACGUUUUUUUCUGCGACUCGGAGGAGUUUCCGAAGAGCUUGCAAGCUACUCUCGACCUGCUGUACGAGACUGAGGAGACUCUGCUCCAUGCGAGGCUGACCAAGACGCUGGUGCCGAGCGGCUCUCCCAGGAGGGUGAAGCUGCUGCGAGCUGACCGAGAGCUGCCGCUGGAGAGAUGCGACGACGAGGAGCGAGAGGUAGAGAUCGUCGCAGAGCAUGGCGACGAAAUCUCAGACCUGACCCUCCAGCUCACCGACGAGGCCAACCAGAGCUGCCAUGACCGCACGGACGAGUCGUCCAACGACUUGUCAAACGUGCAGGUCGAGGUCAGCUGGGCUCGUCAGCAUGAUCGGAGGGUUCAAGUGGCCGGUUGUCGACCUAUCGCGCUCCCUUCCCUUCAAGUGCCUUCAGCUCCCACCCACACCGUCUCAGUGAUGAAGAAACAAGACGGGAAGACAACGAGGCUGUGCAAGUACUCGAUAAACGUCAAAGUCAAACCGGGUGUACCCAGCAGGCUGAAGCUCAGCCUGAUCAACUCGUCGCAGUUGACAGUAGGGGAAACAUUUCAACUCCUCGGGACAAUGGUCGACCAGAACGGCUACGAGAUCGAAGCCAGAGAAGUGACUCUUAAGGAAAUAGCUGCGUUCCGAUUCACUUACGAUGAACCCAAGGAGGAGGGAGAAAGUGUCCAAGUCCAGAUCUGCGAGCCAGGCACCGUCAACGUCGUUGCACCUCAAACGGCUGCCAGUUACAUUAAGGUCGAGGGAGCUAGCCUGCUUGUCUACAGCGCUCGGCUGCUGUCGCGACCAGCCAAAGGCUCCCUGACCCUCCACGUCACCAUCCGCGCUGAGACUGAGGCUGGUGUUGAGAACUUCUGCCUCGAGCCUGUCAGACUUGACGUGCAGGUUGUGGCGGGAGUUCCAGACCAGAUCUGCAUGGAGUCUGGGCCGGAGCCGCUCUCGAUCGUAGUCGACAGCAUGUCGCAGCAAGAGUGUGAUCACAGGUUCAUAGUGGCGGACGUGGCAGGGAACAACUUGUCAUCGGAGUGGAACUCUGGCCUCAAGAUGACGGUCAAGAAGAAGUCCGUCUUGCUGGAGAAGGAGAUCGAUGGGUCAACGGGGCCCUGCUUCAGACUGAGAACGAUCCCGGCCCUUGCAGCUGGGGAAUACGACGCUGUGAUAUCCAGCAAGAGACUUCAAUACGACUUGAGGAUCGUCGUGAACCCGCGGAACUCAGUGAUGAGGGUCGCGAUGACGGUGGGAAGCAAGGUGGGCUACCUGCAGAAGAAGAAGAGGGACAACGAGCGGAGGAGGAAGACGAGAAGUGAAAUCGACAUCGACAUCGCAGAGGCAAGGUUUGAUGCCAAGGUUCAGUUUCAUACCGAGGACAAGAAGGAUGUUGAAGGGAUGAGCGCCAUGCCCAACGUCAAUUUCUACUGCGGGACUGAGAGAGUACAGGCCGAUUACAUCUCUUUCGACAAGAAUGUUUUGCUCGCUACCUUGACUCUCUUCCACCUUGGGAAACACAAAGUUCACGCCGUCUUCACCGACACGCGGCCCACCUACAGCAACAGCAGCGAAAUCCCGUCAGGCGAGUGCGAAGUCGAAGUGAGACCAGGCCCCGUGGAGCAGCUGAAGCUGAACCUGACUGCCUCCCCGAGCAACAUGUUACAGUGGGACUUCCUGGUACGAGCCUGCGACGGAGGAGGGAGACCUUCGGAAUUCCACAGCGAGGAAGGUUGGAAGGCAACAGUGAAGCCGCGCCUGAUAGGAAGAACUCACUUCACCCUGCUCGCUGACCCUGUCACGCUCAAUGCCGCUGCUCCGGAAGUCUCCGGCAGCUUCCGACUCGUCCCCGAAGGCUCCUCCGAGCUCUGGGAGAGCACCUGCAGCCUUGAGUUUGACAUCGAGAGCAACAUAGAGCUACAGCAGGUCGGCCGAGAGACUUUGUCAGUGCCGAAGCCCCCAUCGGUCAGCGAAGAGGAUGGGUCUGCGAGCCGGAGGGAAGAAGAAGACAUGGAGGAAGAGUUCAGCAUCAGUGAACUCUCUGUAGAGCAGGACCAGAGGGAUACUGAGGAACAAGCGAGGCAGCAGCAGGAGCAAGAAAUCCGCCGGAAAUUGUCGCUAGCUCAGAGCUGCAUCGACAACGCUGUCGACAGGCUGCCCAAGACUCGGGAGGUCUCAGAGGACAUCCGAUUCUUCUACUCUCGUCCCGAGCACGAGGACUGCCAGGCUCUACGGCAGGUGUGCGAGCAGCAGCUGCCGGCUGUGACCAACUACAAGAAAGCGGUGGAGGAGAAGCUGGCAGCCAUGAAAGCUGCUUCUGACAAGCUACAAAACAAGACCCACGUCUCCACCGUCAAACUCCCCGCCGACUCCUCCGCCCUCGGCUGCUUAUCCACCCUGUUCUUGAUCGAUCACCCGCAGUCGUCGGACCUUCAGACGGCAUUGUCGACAGCCUUCGGGGAAGACCUGGACUGCCUCGUCUUCCGCCGAGCUCAAGACUGUGACAGGGAGCUGCAGGCUGCCUCCUCCUCCUCCUCCUCCUCCUCCUCCUCCUCCUCCUCCUCCUUCAGGAGCAGGCCUCUUGCUGCCAUCGCCCUCGACAAGCUCUCCGGGUCGCCGCCUACCGGCAGGCUGCCGAUGGGGGCCAUCGGGAGGGCCAGCGACUUUGUGGUGCCUCACGUCCAACAGCGGAACGUCCAACAGCGGGAGGAUCCGAGGAUGCUUCAGGGGCUGAAGAAGCUGGCAAUCCACAUGCUGAGCAGACUGCUCGUCUUCGAGCACUUUGAACAGGCCAAGUUGUACUGCGAACAGAGCGCUGGAGCCGGUGAGAUGAUGGUGGGGCUGGACAUGCCCAGCAAGGUGCUGUGCUGGGACGGGAUGCGGAAGGUGGGGAGCAGGAGGACCAGGAUGGGCCUCGUCGACGUCUUGCAAUCCUCGGAGUACAAGGAUCUGCAAAAGGAGAAGGACGACGCCUCAAGGAUAGAGGAGGAGCUCAAGAUUGUCCUCAAGAACUGCGACAGCAUGCUUCAGUGCCAGCAGGAGCUGGAGAACCUCAGCUCGCAUGUCGAGCAGGAGACGCUCAAGACUCGGAGGGUUAACGGGACUCCGAACAAGCGCGCGCUCGAAAGCCAGGAGCAGGCGAGUGGGAGCAAGCGGCUGAGGCCGACGAGGCUCUUUGGGCGCCAUGCUGGAGACUGA